AUGGAGCAAAAUACUAAAACUAACUAAGAAUAUGUAAAGGAAUCUUGUUAAUUUUAGUUUAAAAAACUGAUGCUGAUCCGGAAGAAAAUGAAUGAUGUGAAGGCUGAUCAGAGUCCCACUGUGAUUAAAUACCUGGUGAGAAGAAAGAGUGCCGAUGAAAUUCAGGUACCUUUGCAUGAUGUCGAAUAUAACAAUCAACCAGAGAAGAAAAAUGUGCUGUACUUUAAGAACUUUCAAAAGGUGACAAUAGAUCCGCAUAUAAAAAUGGAUGAAAUUAAUGAAGAAAAAUGGACAAUCAUGACCAAUAAUUAUAAAUCACUCAUAGAGAAAUCUCGCUAAAGUGUUUAAAAAAAUAACGACUAUGGUUAGAGUCUAUUCCAUAAUAAGGAACCACGUAAGAUGUAAUUCAUUACAAGGAGAUAGUCAAUUGAAUAUCGAUUACGUGAAAUUACUACUGCUACCAGCAAUAACACUUCAGUCUCACCUCUGAAAUUGAAUACUCAAUCCAAUCUCAAUCCUUCAGUAGAUCCCACAUAUGCUCGAUUCAAAAAAUAUUAUUAAAGGAUAGGCAUCCCCACUGACAGUCCCAUUAAAAUGAGACUAUAAAGGAUGAUGUCUAUUCCAAUGGCCCCUCAAAAGAAGAAAGACAAAAGUACUUAUUCAACGAAUUCUCAAAAUCGUUCUCCUUCUCCUGUUUCUAAGAUUCUGCACACAAAAUCCAAUAAUCAAUCGUAAUACCUCAAAGAAAUCAGAGAGAUAUGUUCCAUUGCCUCUAAUUAUCAUGCAUAAGUUAAACAAGAUGAAAAAAACCAAAUUUAGCAUGCAAGUUAACAGGUUGGAUACAUCUAAGCUGAAUUCGAUAAAUUUCACAAUAUGUUAACAUCAGAUUUAGAAACUGUCAAUUUCAUUGAUCAUAAAAAGUGA